GUGUGUGCGCGUCAUUUCCGUCCCCAGCCGGAAGAAGGUGAAAGGAGCCAAAUUUGAUUUUCCAACCUGAUAAGUACCAUCAUGCCUAUCCGUGCCUAUUGUACCAUCUGUUCUGAUUUCUUUGACAAUAAGACUGAUGUUGCAGCUAUUCACUGUGGACAUACUUUCCACCAUUUGUGUCUCAUCCAAUGGUUUGAUACUGCACCAAAUCGGACCUGUCCACAGUGCAGAAUCCAGGUUGGGAAAAGACACAUAAUCAACAAAUUGUUUUUUGAUGUUGCCCUAGAGGAGCAGUCAGAACUGGAUGCAGAAAGUCUACAGAAUGAACUAGAUAGGGUGAAAGCUCAGCUAUCCAUGAAAGAAAAAGAAAAACGAGAUUGUCAAUGUAUUGUAAAUUCAUUGAGAGAGACACUGGAUCUACGUAAUGCCACUAUAGAAUCACUCCAGAAAGCUAUUUCUGACACGGAAAUGCUGUGUUCUACACUCAAGGUAUGUUGGGAGUAUGAAAGUCUGAAGGAAUCUCAGAAAGCAUCAAAUGAUACAGUGGAAAAACUGAGAAAGGAGUUGUUUUCUGCUAAUCAUAAGCUCCAGAAAACUGUUCUAGAGUUGGAGAAAACAACUGAAGAAUUGAAAAAUACACAGACAGAUCUGAGAAAUGCAGAUAAGGAGAUUACGAGCUUGAAAAAAAAGAUAGGAGUCCUACAAGAUACCAUAAAAGUACCAUCAUUAACCAGUGAAGCACUUAGCCGGCUUGUCUCUGAAAGCCCUGCUCCUGCACAAUUUCUGAACCCAAAGUUUCAUCAACCUGUUCACACUGAUGAGAUUGACCUUAAUGCUACUUUUGACGUAGAGACUCCAAAGUCUCGUAAGAAAGCUGUUGCUCCUGCCAAAAAAAUCAAGCUAGAUAAAAACUCGGCAUCUGUGACAAAUUUAUCAAGAGUCAAAGGAACAAUGGAGAACUGCUCUACUGACACAGAUGAUGAACAUCUAGAAGAUCUUUUACCUUCUUUUAUAAGAAAGUCAAUCCUGACUAAGAAAACUGUUCUAAACAGCAUACACCAGAAAAAUACAGGAAUUGUAAGAAUUGGGUAUGAUGGCUUAGGAGGCAGAACCAAGUUCAUUCAGCCUACUUUUCCAACAGAGAUUCGGCCCCUGACUAUGAAGAACAAGAAAAGAAUUAUUUCAAAGCAAACAGGAAUAAUGCCUUCUGCUUCUGGCAUCAAUCAGUCUAAAUUAGACAACUUCCUUAAGUAAUCUCCUCAGAUUAAGCACAACCUGGAUCAUCUUCUACAUUAGGUAGAUGAUAUAGAUGAUACCCAUCUGCAUUAGGUAGAUGUUGUCAGCACAAGUGCACAGUGAAGACUGCUGGUCUUCCUAUUAUUCUUUGGUCAUCAGAUGAUUUAUUAUGCUGUUAUUUAUUAUGUUGCCAAUCCUCGGGAUAGGAUGGAAUUGAAGUUACAGUGCUAAAAUCCUUUAGCCAGUUUUUCUAUGUUUCUAGGUUCUAGUUUUCUAGGUAAUCCUUAUAAAUUAUGAUUUGGGAGUAUUAAUUUAUAUUAAAGACAUCAAUAGCUCUGCUUGCAAAUGAAUUAUCCACAUCUUCAUAUUUUAUAUUAGAAGAGAGUUAUCUCUGCAGCUGUCAAGUUAUGUUACUGUCGUGAAUGAUGAAGAAAGAAAUAUUCAAGAAAAGAACUUCAUUUAUAUCUUUUGCCUACAGAUAUGAAGGAUUGGGGGAAAGAGCAAUAGGCUUUGAUGGUUUUUUCCCCCUGAUCCACAUUUCUGUUUCAUUGCCUAUACUCCAACACACAAUCCAAUGUGCUUCAUAGUCUUAAUUCCUAUUUUCAAAAGGGCUUUGGAGCAUGAGUGUAGCAUCUGUUUAAAUAAUUUACAGCAGCUGUGACUAUUUCCUGGGCCCGUUACAGUUGCACAAGGAAAAGAUGGAACUGCUUUCAGGUGUUUGCAGUCCAGAGCUCUCUGAAGCACAUUUGGAGAUCAAAUUCAAAGAGCUUCACUCCCCUAUUAGGAACUAUACAAAAUAUACAGGGAUGCCUUUGGAGAUAUUUGUUUUCACUAUUUGGGCCUCUUGUUUUUUGUUUCCUUCCUUUACUGGCUGUAAAAGAUGGUGCUACUUUUACCACAAUGUUUUCUUUUGCCUUCAUUCAAGUCUAAUGAACAGAAUAAUUCCAGGAUAAAUUUGAACAAAAACAUUCAGAUGUAUUUUGCUCAGUAUAAGAAAUGAUUAGAUUCUUUGUAAUUAAUGUUGUUUAAUGCUUUAAAAUUUGGAGCAAAUCCCUUGGAAUCUUGGAAACUUUUUCCAGAUAAAGAGAUAUUGCUGGUCUGAGGCAAAUAUUCAGUUUUCUUUGAUAUUGUAUUGGCAGGAGGCGUCUUUUAACUAAGAGUGAAUUCAAACUUUUGAUUCUAGGAGGAAAAAAAUGUUAAAAAAAACAUUAGCCCAAAAUUAAACCACAAACGAAACUAUGGCACUGAUGUACUUGACCCUUCAAUAAAUUAAUGAAGAGUACUUUUGUUUGAAACUUCUAACUGAGCAUACGAGCGUAUUGAAUAAAUGUCAGAUGUGUUCUGGGCUAAACUGGGGUUGGUUAGUGUGUGAUUUAGCUUACUAUGUGUGACAGCCAGUUAAUAGACCAAAGGUUAUCUAGUGAUCUUUAUGGUUUAAAUGAAUUUUUGACCUAACUCUUCUUGUUUCAAGUAAAGAUCUGUUUUUGUUAUACAACAUGUACAUCAGUUCUCCAACUAUUGUACCAGGAAACUCAAAAGGAGAAACAUCAGAAGUAGCUACUACUAAAUAUUUUAUCCCACAAGCAAAACCAUUGGAAUCCAAGAAUCCCCUCAGAUCUCCAUUUCAAAAUUCCAGUUAAGAUUAUUUAACUCUGAGAAACUUUAAUGAGAGUUCUAUUCAUUUAUUAAAUUUUGUACACUAAACGAAACACGUUGCAGGAAAACGGUAGAGACAGAGACAUAAACUCUCAUCAAUUUUUUCCCAAAAUAAGGUUUAGUUCAGCUUCACUGACACUUUAGUUGAAAAUGUGAUACAGUUAGCUCUUGCCUUAUGACCACAAUUGAGCCCAAAAUUUAUGUUGCUAAGUGAGACAUUUGUUAAGUGAAUUUUGCCUCAUUUUAUUACCUUUCUUGCCACAGUCGUUAAGCGAAUCACUGCCGCU